ACAUGAGGGUUUUCAUAUCUGGUCAAAUGAAAACCCCAAAAGACUGCUCUUUUCCUAUUGGGUUACAGAGUUGGGGUCCACACAUAGAAGAAGUCCUCACAUAGAUGAAGUCUGCACAUAUGAGGUUCUCACAUAGAUGGGGCGCUCCCAACAAUACGUCCCUCACACAGAUAAAGUCCCCAAAAAUUGUAUUGAAAUGGUGCAUUCAGUUUUCAGUGUGCUUUUUGCUUUUGCAGUUAGUUUUUGGUUUAAAAUUACUUUCAUUUCCCAAUUAAUCCUUUUUGUUUGAUUCAUCUCAAACACUGAUUGUUUUUAUUUAGUAGUAAACUAGAAAAGAUCAAAACCUCUGUGAACCCUCUGACUCCCAUCCUAGCUGGAUCCUAUAAGUGCAGGGUGACAGGGUGCAAGGCAGAAGCCAAAAGCAGAACAUCUCAUGCGAGUGCUAGUGUGACGCUGGUAGGAACACAUCUGUGACAUAUACAAUAAAGCCCCACAGUGGCAAUAACAGGCUGUCAACAGCUUUGAGAAACCACAGCUUAUUAAUACUCCGUUUAUGACAUUAAUAACACGAGGGGUUGCAUAAAACGUCAGUGGCACUGAUAUGAUAACAGUGAAGCUGAAUAUGAGCUGAAUAUUGUUGAUAACGUGGAGAGAAAAUAAUUUGUAUCCUCAGUGGCAUAAUGUCCUGAGGAUGAAACUGGAAAUUUGGUGAAUAAUAUCACAACUUGUUUGUCUUAAAGAUCUUUAAUAGUGUGUUUAAUGGGUGUGUUCACUGUCAUCCAUGUCCCAAACUGGCAUACUGUGUAUUUUAUACACAUUUUUUUAAAUAUACAAUUUUAUGAUUCAACUUUUAUUGAGUUUUUACAAUUUUUUACAAGACCACACUAACAACCAAUUAAGAAAAGGAGAGAGAAAAAAAGAAAAAAGGGGCAAGAUUAAGAUACACAAUCUUAUGAUAAUAAAACAUAAUUAAAAAUAAAUAAAUAAAACAAUAAAAUAAAAAGUACAUAAGUCCAAGACAGGUACAAUUGGCAUACUGUGUAUUUAAUAUGAGUCUGAUAAUAGCAUGUCACUGUGUGUACUGUACAGUAAAUCCAUACACUGUACAGGAAAUCACACCAUGGCCUAUAAAGAGCCAUGUUAGAAAUAGCAUGUUAGUCUUAUCUCAGUCUGAGUUUGUAUGUUCAGCAGGCCGGCUGACUCAUAGAGAGACGGGGGAUUACACGUCAGGUUGAACAGUGCACUGGGCAGCUGUUACUGGGGAGGGCCUUUCUGUUGGAUUCCAUUCCAGUGCUACGCCUGCCACAAAUAGAUACUCUAGUACUUUCCAGAAAUAUGUUGGGGGAGUGAGCUGGGGGGCUCGAGAGUCAGAAGGGAGGGCUGUUCAAAGGGGUGGUGUCAGUGUGUAUAAAAGCUCUCAGCUGAGAGCCAGACAGCACGUUGGGAAAACAUUUAACACAGAGGCCAAAGGGCUCUUCAACUGCAGCUCUCCAUUACAGCAACACUCCUCUGCAGCCAUGACCGAGAGACGCAUCCCCUUCACCCUGCUCCGCACCCCGAGCUGGGACCCAUUCCGUGACUGGCACCAGAGCAGCCGCAUCUUCGACCAGACCUUCGGCAUGCCCACCCUGCCCGAGGACUUCAACACAUUCCCCAGCACCCACUGGCCGGGGUACAUGCGGCCCUCCGUCCUGGCCCCGGACAUGGCCUCCAUGGGCGCCAUGAUGCCUCACGCCCCCAUGAUGCCUCACACACCCAUGAUGUACCAAGCCCCUAUGAUGGCCCAGCAGCAGGCUCGGGCCCUGACCCGCCAGAUGAGCAGCGGCAUUUCAGAGAUCAAGCAGACACAAGACAGCUGGAAGGUGUCCCUGGAUGUCAACCAUUUCUCACCCGAGGAGCUGGUGGUGAAGACCAAGGACGGUGUGGUGGAAAUCACUGGCAAACAUGAGGAGAGGAAGGACGAGCAUGGAUUUGUGUCCAGAUGCUUCACCAGGAAAUACACCCUCCCCUCCACAGCUAACGUUGAGAAGGUGUCCUCCUCCCUGUCUCCUGAGGGCGUCCUGACCGUGGAGGCCCCUUUGGCCAGACCGGCCAUCGAGUCCUCAGAGACCACGAUACCUGUCAAUGUGGACAACAAAGGUGGCGUGGUGAAGAAGUAGAAAGAAAAGCAGAACAGUGUCUCCCCCCCCCCACACACACACACAUAUUUUGUCUGAAAACUGCUUCUAGAAAAAAGGUGAAGAACCAGCUUACCGCUCCUCCUAAAGCGGGCUUGUUCACACGCCAGAGAGAGGAAAGCGAGGGAUUGCCCUUGCUCCUCUGUGUGCUCUCUGUCUCUGGUAAUGAGCCAACCCCAGCUGAGUGCACUGUGUAAACACAUCUGCAGUAGUGCCAUAUGCCUGCUCUUUCUGCUGUAAUUACACUCUUCAUCCGAAUGUAGGAAAUCUCAGCUUAGCCCCACUCGCAGCUUCUCUUUCUCUCUCUUGGUCCCUCACUUACACACCUUUCUCAUUUAGAUGGAGUAAAUCGGCUGCCUCUACACACACUAAAGACAGUAGAGCUGACUGUAAUAGCAAUGAACUUGUAAAUGAAAGAACUAACGUCCCAGGACUGACUGGAAAUAGACUGACAAAAUAUUCAGUCAUGCAAACACACAA